AUGGGUAACCACAAGAACUCCCAGUACGGUGUAGUUCUCGAUGCUGGUUCCUCGGGGACGCGCGUCUACGUCUACAAGUGGAGGAACCCUUCAGCACCUCCGAAACACAAAUAUGACAAUGAUGACGACGAAGUACGCUCGCUGCCCAAGAUUGAGCUCAAGAAGAAUCACAAAAUUCAUCCGGGCAUCUCCACCUUUGCCGACGCUGUGGACUCGGUCGGCCAUGACCAUCUGCAGGAGCUUGUCGACGUGGCUAUAAGCAAGGUCCCCUCGCACAAAAUACCCGAGACACCCAUUUUCCUCAUGGCCACGGCCGGCGUGCGAUUCCUACCCGAACACAAACAAAAGGCCCUGCUAGGAGCCGUCUGCUCUUAUUUUAAGACCAAUACGAAGUUCCAGCUGCCGGAUUGCGACGCGCACGUCCAGGUGAUUCCUGGUGAGACCGAGGGCCUCUACGGCUGGAUUGCGGCCAACUACCUCCUCGGGGGCUUCGAACGACCUGACGAGCACAAACACAGCAAAGGACACCAUACAUAUGGCUUCCUCGACAUGGGCGGCGCCUCGGCGCAAAUCGCCUUUGCGCCCAACGCGACCGAAACAAAGAAGCAUGCUGAUGACCUGAAACUCGUUCGCAUGCGGAAGCUCGACGGAUCCUCGGUCGAGUACAAAGUGUUUACCUCCACGUGGCUUGGCUAUGGUGCCAACAAAGCUCGAGAGCGCUUUGUCGAGAAAUUAACGGAUGAAUACGAAACCAACGUCCACGAAAUUCCUGACCCCUGCCUCCCCAAAGGCUUGCGAACGACACUCAGGGGAGCCGUAGUGGAGUCCGCAGCGAGCGACGAGCAGCAGUUGCUGCUGGGCACCGGAAAAUUUGAUGAAUGUGUGCGCAGAACAUAUCCACUGCUAGGAAAAGAAAAGCCAUGUGAGGACUCGCCUUGUUUACUCAAUGGCCAGCACGCUCCUGCCAUCGAUUUUGACAUCAAUCACUUUGUGGGUGUGUCAGAGUACUGGCACACGACCCAUGGUGUCUUUGGAAAGGAGGACGUUGCCUACGAUCUUGCCACAUACCAGAAAAAGGUGCUCGAAUACUGCGCAAGAAACUGGUCAGCGAUCAAGAGCGACGUUGUCGGCCGCAAGAAAACCGCCGAGGAGAAAAUGGCCGACGCUCAGCAGGCCUGUUUCAAAGCGUCUUGGCUCAUCAACAUGCUUCACGAUGGUAUCGGGAUUCCGAGAAUUGGCAUCGAGGGCUCAGUCAAUGGUUCUCGUAGUGGCGCCGAUGAAAAGGGCUUUCGCGACCCAUUCCAGCCAGUUGAUACCAUCCACGAUAUGGAAGUGAGCUGGACGCUCGGAAAGAUGGUUCUUUAUGCUACUGGCCAAAUUCCGGCCAGAGAUUCAAAACUCCCUGUCGGGUUUGGCAGCAAUAUUGCCUCUGGUGUUCCUUCCGACUUUGAGCAUGCUGGAUCUGUGCCAAUCCCUACCGGCCCGAAGCUGGGGGGCAGCGAUGACGAUGACGACGAUGAUGUACACCGAUCAUCAGGAUCAUUCAUACCCUUCCUGACACUCCUAGUACUCGUCCUGGUCGUGGGAUACUGGCUCCGGAAGCCCGAGCGACGGCACAAGUUUCUUGCCUUUGGACGUCGCUCGCGCAAAAACGGCAAGGGCUCUCGCGGGAUCAUCAAUAUGCUUCUGGGACGCUCAAACGGUUCCUACGAGCGUGUGUUGGAAGAGGGCGAUGCUGCCGAAUUCGAACUGGGUGGCAUAGACUCGGACGAAAACGACCACUCUGACAGCACAGAGGGCUCCAAGGGCGGCAGAAGCUCCGGGCUCGGGACGCCCAAGCUGAACCUGGAGCGAUUCGAGGACUUCCGCAUACCGUCGGCCAUGGAUCGGACGGGACUGGUGGUGCGUACCGAGAGCCGUGAACACCUUGGGCCGAGCCUGCAGAUGCUGAAUGCUGGACGGCGCAGUCGCAAUGUUAGCCCCACGCGAAUGAAGAGCCCUCUGGCUGUUUGA